GCUCAUGUUGCUGGCACUGUACAUCCACGAGGUGGGAUCUGGGACGAGGCCCAGGUGCCGUCUUAUUAUGGUACGUGUGUAGUCCUCGAUGAGCACCCUUUGUCGAUCAUCGACGAGCAAUCGAGCAUGCAUGGCUGCAACCACGGCCCGUUCAAGCUGGUCAUCGGCUUUGAUAUCCUCGCCUGCCCUGCGCAGGGGAGCACCGCACCUGAUCACAGCUCGCCCUGGAGACUGGUCUCGAUCGCCGCUAGCCAUGACCGCCUCUUUAGAGUUUGCUGGUGACAGGACGCCGCGGCAAGUGGUCAGCACCCCGACAGACAGGCAAGAUGAGGGCGUGCCAAUGGUGAUGAUGCAAAGCGUCGAUGAGCAGCCGGGUCCACUUUUCGUAGCUGGCCAGCCCUGGCGGGCGGGCAAGACCUUUUGGACCCUGCCGAGCUGCCACUCCUCCACCCGUCUGAUCCUUAGUGAGACUCUUGACAUCACCACGACGUUGGUGGCUCGCGUUGCCCUGGAUCUAGCAAUGCACCUGGUCUCUCCUCGUGCUUAA